CGGCACCACACAUGACCCCAACCAUUCACUGAAACUGUGUUCGCGACUUCCGCAAACACCAGUCCUACUAACCGAUAAGGCUAAUCCACUUGUCUCUCGUAAAUACACUGCGCAACACUGACCUUCCGUCCUCUUCCUAUCCUUCUCCCAUCACCCUCGCCCGACUCUCCUCUCUCUCCUCUACUUUUCGCAACAGACCUGUCACCACCCUUCCUCCCUAAAACCACACCACCAUCACCACCACCACACCCACAGUCAUGGCAACACCCGCCGCGACAAAGCGCCUCACCAAAGAAUACGCCACCAUCUCCAAAUCACCCCCACCCUACAUCAUCGCCCACCCCUCCGAAAAGAACAUCCUAGAAUGGCAUUACAUCCUCACCGGCCCACCCGACACCCCUUACGACGGCGGCCAGUACUGGGGGACGCUGAUGUUUCCGCCCGACUACCCCUUUGCGCCGCCCGCUAUCCGCAUGCACACCCCUAGCGGCCGCUUCCAACCCUCCACGCGCCUGUGUCUCAGCAUCUCGGACUUCCACCCCAAGAGCUUCAAUCCUGCGUGGGAGGUCAGCACGAUACUAACGGGGUUGCUGAGUUUUAUGACGAGCGAGGAGAUGACGACAGGGAGUGUGCGGGCGAGCGAGCACGAGCGGAAAUUGUUCGCCCAGCGUACGAGAUGGUGGAACAGCACGGGCGGCGGCUCCAAGCAGUCUUCGUUGUUGCAGAACUCAAAUUCCCGCGGUAUCGGCGCGAUUAAAGCCGGCGAUGGUGGGGCAAAGUUCCGACAGGAGUGGCCGGAGCUCGAUGAGGAGAAUCUCAGGUGGAUGAAGGAGAAGCAGAUUAAUCUGCAAACGGGACUGCCCAUGCCGGCACACACACAACAUGGCCCCUGCUCGCCUGAAGUCGCGGGGCUGAGGAGACGACCCGGUGGAAGCGCAACGUCUGGCGUUGGUGCUGUGGUGCAGGGUGGUCAGGUUGCAAGAGACGUCGGUCAGAGUUGGUUGAGUCGCAACAAGUGGAGGAUCGUCUUCGGCACCCUAUUCACCUACAUCCUGGUCGCGAGGAUGCUGGGCGAUGGCGCUGUCUCUGCCGCUACCUGAUCGUCCUGCACCAUCUCUCUCUUCUUCCCUGGCGAUGCGGCUUUCGGAGUUUGGGGUUGCAUCAAGGAUGGAUAAGGUCUACGUGCCCCUUAGGCUGAAGGGGGCGUUGGGCGCUUUUUGGCAAUUAAAGGCCCCGAAUCAUGCUUUUCAUAUUAUAUUGCUCGGUAAUGGCAAAGCAAGACCAAAGGGCCGAGUUCAACAUGAGCUCACUCGACAUACAGUGUACGAUCAACAUCAGCUAAACUAGCCUAGAAAGACUUCCUGCUCUACUACAUACGUAUCUAUCUAGGGGAAUCUUUGCCUCGUUCAUACCUCCUUUUCCGGUCUGGAGUCUUUGUAGAAGCGCUGCGACUGUGCUGGAUGUUGUGUCUAAUCUUGUCCUAUUGGUGACGGUAUCACGUUCCAUGAAGCGUCUUCUCCUCUUUUCGUACGUCCGUCCGUUGCUCGGCAUCA